GUCCUGUCUCCCCUAGCUGAGACCUUGCCCUGGUGCCUCUGCCCUGGGUGACCUGCCUGCAUUCCCAUCUUGCUCCAGGUCCUGGCACACAGCAGAGGUCUUAUCUCAACUGUCAAAAUGGAGCUUGACAUCCAGUGUGAAGAGAUGAGCCCAUCUAGAUGGGCUGAACUUCUGACCACAAUGAAAUCCUGCAAAACCAUCAGGUUGGAUGACUGCAAUCUCUCCAGCAGUAACUGUGAGGAUCUCUCUUCCAUCAUCAACACAAAUCCAUCCCUCACAGAGCUGAAGCUGAACAACAAUGAGCUGGGAGAUGAAGGUGUUGAAUACCUGUGUAAAGGGUUGCUGACGCCAAGCUGUAGCCUACAGAAGUUAUGGCUGCAAAACUGCAACCUGACGAGUGCCAGCUGUGAGACCCUGCGCUCCGUCCUCAGUGCCCAGCCAUCCCUGACAGAGCUGCAUGUAGGGGAUAACAGGCUGGGAACUGCUGGAGUGAAGGUGCUGUGCCAAGGGAUGAUGAACCCCAGCUGUAAGCUGCAGAAGCUGCAGCUGGAGUACUGUGAACUCACAGCUGAUAUUGUGGAAGCUCUCAAUGCUGCUCUGCAAAGCAAGCCCAGCCUGAAGGAGCUCAGCCUGAGCAACAACACGCUGGGAGAUACAGCUGUAAAGCAGCUGUGCCGGGGCCUGGUGGAGGCAAGCUGCAACCUGGAGCUACUACACCUGGAGAACUGUGGCAUAACCAGUGACAGCUGUAUGGAGAUUAGUGCUGUUCUCAGGAACAAGUCAUCUCUGAUGGAUCUUUCUGUGGGAGACAACAAGAUCGGGGACUCCGGUCUGGCUCUGCUGUGCCAGGGACUGAUGCAUCCUAGCUGCAAAAUCCAGAAGCUGUGGUUAUGGGAUUGUGAUCUCACAAGUGCUAGCUGUAAAGAUCUCUCCAGACUCAUCAGUACAAAGGAGACCCUCACAGAGAUCAGUCUGAUAGACAAUAACCUGAGAGACUCAGGGAUGGAAAUGCUCUGUCAAGCACUCAAGGAUCCCAAAUCUAAACUUCAGGAGCUAUGGGUUAGGGAGUGUGGGCUCACUACUGCUUGCUGCAAGGCUGUCAGCUCUGCUCUCAGCACCAACAAGCACCUGAAAGUACUGCACAUAGGUGAGAACAAGCUGGGAGAUGCAGGUGUGGAGCUCCUGUGUGAAGGGCUGAUGCACCCCAACUGCAACAUCCAGUCCCUCUGGCUGGGGAACUGUGACCUGACAGCAGGCUGCUGUGCCACCCUCGCCACUGUCAUGGCCACCAAGCAGUGCCUCACUGAGCUGGACCUGAGCUACAACCCUCUGGAAGACGAAGGCAUCAGGAAGAUCUGUGAAGCCUUGAAGAAGCCCGGCUGCAACGUGCAGCAGUUAAUUUUGUAUGACAUUUUGUGGAGUUCUGAAGUGGAUGAUGAACUGAGAGCCUUGGAAGAGUCCAAGCCUGAAGUGAAGAUCAUUUCAUGAGUGGUGACUGCCUGCAGAACAACGUCAAAGCAAUGUCCUCUUCUUAAUCUGAACUUUCCAUACGUAAAACUAAUUAACUUAAUAGGGAAUUUUCUUGUACCAAAACCAUUUGUGGAUUCCCCGAGUGGGUGUCUGGGGAGUUGAUUGGCCUUCUCUGCAUCUCUGGAUGUACUAACUCUGAGACUCAUGAAAGCUGCAGCAUCACUAUCCUUGAAAUAAACAAUUACUGUCUUGGAGAAGUGGGUCUCUAGCCCUUAGGAGCUCUUUAAUCCUGUAAUCCCUUCUAACGAAUUAGCUGGGCUUUAAAGAGAGCUCCUUCCCAAGGCAAGAGAACUACCCACUGGAUUGUUACUGGGUGGUGCUUUUGAUAGGUCUCUGGGGAAGGCUUUCAAAAAAACCUAAAUGUUUUUAAUCUAAAAUUGAGCUCUCCCCUGUCUUUCCCUAAAAGAGUUCUUGGAAAAGCAGUGGUGGCCAAGGCACAAGAGAAAAAAAGAAAUGAGCAGCUGUUCAGCUGUGCAAUAUCAAAAUUCAUGUCCUUUGAAAGGUGAUUUUCCUACAAACAAAAGAUGCUGUGUGCAUUUCUGCUAGUAUGGGAAAUGAUUAAAUGAUUGAUAUGUUUGAUCUGGCAAAGAGUAGUUCUACAGGAACUUUAUACUUAAUUUUUCUACUUAUAAAAAUAAAUAUAUCUGUAUAUUUCUCCUUUAA